AUGCAGAAUGUUGGACAGUCUGAAAACCGAAAUAUCGAUAAGGUGAAGUUGCAACUUGAUGUGGUAAAAUCGUCCACUCCUCAGAGUUCGGCUUCGAGUCCGGCCAAAUCUGAAACCGAAACGUAUUCAGGAGCCCCUGCCAAAUACAUGACGGACUCUUCGGAAAGCGAGGAUGACUCUGUAUCCGAGAUCUUGCUGGCUUGUUUGUGCCUAAGCAGGCCAGACCUGUUGGCGGAAAUGGAUGAAGAAGGUGGUGGUGCAGAGUCAUCCAAGUUCCUACUCUCUCACGAUGACCCUGAGCGAGCAGUUGAUCCUGAGAUGCAGGCAAGACUUGAAGCCCUUCUGGAAGCAGCCGGCAUCGGCAAGCUGUCCGGCGAGGGCAAGCACCUGGCCGACCCGGAGGUGCUGCGGCGGCUGACGUCGUCGGUGUCGUGCGCGCUCGACGAGGCGGCCGCGGCGCUCACGCGCAUGCGCAGCGACCAGCCGCCCGCGCACCACCGCCACCACCACCAGGAUAAGCCUACCCAAUGUGGGUCGACGGCGACAGGCACAACGCCAACGGUGGCGUCGUCGACGGGCGCCGAGGGUGCUCCGUCCCUGGCCGAGGCUUGCUCGGACGGUGACGUGGGGACUGUUCGGAAGCUCCUCACGGAGGGCCGCUCGGUGCAUGAGACCACUGAGGAGGGCGAAUCCCUGCUGUCCCUCGCGUGCUCCGCCGGGUACUAUGAGCUCGCGCAAGUGCUCUUGGCGAUGCACGCGAGUGUCGAGGACCGGGGCAUCAAGGGCGACUGCACCCCCCUUAUGGAGGCGGCGUCGGCGGGCCACGUGGACAUCGUGCGGCUGCUGCUGGCGCACGGCGCUGACGUCAACGCCGUGUCGGGCUCCGGCAACACGCCGCUCAUGUACGCGUGCGCCGGCGGCCACGAGGAGUGCGUGCGCGCGCUGCUCGAGAACGGCGCCAACGUCGAGGACCACAACGAGAACGGCCACACGCCGCUCAUGGAGGCCGCGUCCGCGGGCCACGUGGGCGUGGCGAAGAUCCUCCUAGAGCACGGCGCCGGCAUCAACACGCACUCCAACGAGUUCAAGGAGUCGGCGCUCACGCUGGCGUGCUACAAGGGCCACCUGGACAUGGUGCGCUUCCUGCUGGCCGCCGGCGCCGACCGCGAGCACAAGACCGACGAGAUGCACACGGCGCUCAUGGAGGCCAGCAUGGACGGCCACGUCGAGGUCGCUCGCCUGCUGCUAGACUCCGGCGCGCAGGUCAACAUGCCCACGGACAGCUUCGAGUCGCCGCUGACGCUGGCGGCGUGCGGCGGGCACGUGGAGCUGGCCAUGCUGCUGCUGGAGCGCGGCGCCAACAUAGAGGAGGUCAACGACGAGGGGUACACGCCGCUCAUGGAAGCCGCGAGAGAGGGCCAUGAAGAGAUGGUAGCCCUCCUCCUCGGGCAGGGCGCGUCGAUCAACGCCCAGACCGACGAGACGCAGGAGACGGCGCUGACGCUGGCCUGCUGCGGCGGCUUCCUGGAGGUGGCGGACUUCCUCAUCAAGGCCGGCGCCGACGCCGAGCUGGGCGCGUCGACCCCUCUUAUGGAGGCCUCGCAGGAGGGCCACCUCGAGCUUGUGCGAUACCUCUUAAACGCGGGCGCGGACGUGCACGCGCAAACCCAGACGGGCGACACGGCGCUGACGUACGCAUGCGAGAACGGCCACACCGACGUGGCCGAGCUGCUCCUGCGAGCCGGCGCCGAGCUCGAGCACGAGAGCGAGGGCGGCCGCACGCCGCUCAUGAAGGCCUGCCGCGCCGGGCACGUGUGCACCGUGCAGUUCCUCGUGGGCAAGGGAGCGGACGUCAACCGUAUGACGGCGAAUGGCGACCACACCCCGCUGUCGCUGGCGUGCGCGGGCGGACACGUGGACGUGGUGAAGUUCCUGCUGGCCUGCGACGCGGACCCCUUCCGCAAGCUCAAGGACAACUCCACCACGCUCAUCGAGGCGGCCAAGGGCGGCCACACGCCCGUCGUGCAGCUGCUGCUCGACUACCCGCACUCCGUCAUGCUGCCGAGAGGCAACGGUGCUGCGGAGGAAGGCAGCGGUCUAAGCGCGGCUCAAGCGGCGGCGCUAGGGUUGUCGCACGCGCCCGCGCCCGGCGCGCCCGCGGCCCGCGCGCUGCUGCCGGCGCACCCGCACCACGCGCACCACCCCGCCCCCGCCGCCGCCGCCCCCGCGCCGGCGCCGGCGCAGCCCACGGCUGAGCCGCCUGAACUGCCGGCGGACUUCACCAAGCCCUACUACGAUGGUGAGUGUUGUCGCAAGAAGCAGGGCGCGGUGGCGGCUCCCCCGCCAGCGGGUGCCGCGGGCGCGGCGGGCCCCGGGGCGCCGUCGCCGGUGCCCGCGCCCGGCCAGCUGCCCAAGCACAAGUGCGCUCGCAAACAGCGCGCCGCGCCGCCGCACUCCGACCACCACCUGCCGCCGCCGCCUGAUAUACUCGACGACCAGAUACGCCACGGAGCCAUGGCUAACGUAUCGCUCCCACCCGGCUUUACGUGGAAGGAUGUUAACAAGAAUAGAGCCAAAUAUAAAGACAUUAAAAAAAACGUAAAUAGAUCGGAGGCACUUGCCAGUCAACCCCGCAACGAAGCACUGCCAGAGACUGAGCGGAAUCUUCUCGAAUUAGCUGAUCCCUCAGGUCUGACGACCAUCCACCCCCCCACCACGCCGCCGUACCCCCCUCCACAGCAGUUGUUCCCCGUGCAACAACUCGCUACCAACCUCAACCAGCACCAGUUUGUUGAACUCCAACAGCAGCAAUUCCAGCAGCAGUUCCAACAACUGGCCGCGCAGCUGCAGCAGCAGCAGCAGCCGCAACCGCAACCGCAACCUCAACCGCAGCCGCAAACGCAACCGCAGCCGCAGCCCAAAAAGCAACCGCAGCAACAACAGCAGCCGCAACAACAGCAACAGCCANAACAGCCGUCUCAACCACAGCAACUGCCUCAGCAACCUUACGUACAGAAUGUGCAGCAUACGCCCGAAGGAUACGUGCCAUUGGGCGAGGAGGGGUCGGGCGUGGAGGCGCGCGAGCUGGGCGCGGUGCUGGCCUACCUGCAGCGCGAGGUGCCGUCGCUGGUGGCGCUGCCGCCGCACGAGCUGCGCUCGCUGGUGCUGCAGGUUAUGCAGCAGAAGUCUCACGAGAUCCUCUCGGCGAAGUGCGAGGGCGCGGGCGCGGGCGCGGGCGACGAAGGCGACGAGCGCGCCACGCGCCGCAUCCUGGCCGCGGCCGAGGAGGCGCUCAACGCCGACUGGGCCAAGAGCCCGGACUACCACCAUCAUCACCACCACCACCAUCACCACCUCGACCUCACGCAGCAAGUGAACGCGGGCUGCCAGUACCGAGUGCGGCCGUCUUCUCCCGCGGGCGUGCUGAGUCCCGGCGCGCUGGCGCUCACGCGGCCCGAGGAAGAAGCGCCGCAGCAGCAGCAGCAAAUCCCGCAGCAACAGCAGCAGCUUCCGCAGCAGCAGCAGCUUCCACAGCAGCAGCAGCAGCAGGUCCCGCAGCAGCUGGCCCAGCCGCAGCAGCAGCCUGACCUCCAGCAGCCGCACUUCGCGCUGCCGGCGCCGACGUUGUCCUAUGAGGAUUACAGAUCGGGCGGCACGUUCAUGGCCGGCGCAGCGGGGACGGCGGGGGCGGCGGGCGCGGGGGCGGCGCCCGCGCUGCCGCAGCCGCCGGCGCCGCACCACGCCAAGCACCACCACCCGCCCAACCAGGUGCUCAAGAAGAAGGUCAAGGGCCGCUGCUCCCAAACGCGGUUCGGCGGCGCGGGCGGGGCCGCCAACGCGGGCGCCGGCGCGGGCCGCACGCGCGGCGCCGACCCCGCCGCGCCCGCCGCCUACUCCGCCAUGGACGUGGACACCGAGACCGACUCCAACCACGACACCGCGCUCACGCUCGCGGCCGCCGGCGGCCACGAGGAGCUGGUCGAGCUGCUGCUGUCGCGCGGCGCCGACAUCGAGCACCGCGACAAGAAGGGCUUCACACCCCUCAUCCUGGCAGCGACGGCGGGCCACGAGAAGAUCGUCGAGAUCCUCCUGAACCAUGGCGCCGACAUCAACGCGCAGAUCGAGACCAACCGCAACACCGCGCUCACGCUCGCCUGCUUCCAAGGUGUCCGCUACGAGGUCGUCGAGCUCAUCCUCAGCCGCGGCGCCAACAAGGAGCACCGCAACGUGUCGGAUUAUACGCCGUUGUCGCUCGCCGCGUCGAGCGGAUACGUCAAUAUCAUCCGGCUGCUGUUGCACCACCAGGCGGAGAUCAACUCCCGCACGGGCUCGAAGCUGGGCAUAUCGCCGCUGAUGCUGGCGGCCAUGAACGGGCACACGGCGGCCGUGCGCCUGCUGCUCGACUGCGGCUCCGACAUCAACGCGCAGAUCGAGACCAACCGCAACACCGCGCUCACGCUCGCCUGCUUCCAAGGCCGGCACGAGGUGGUGAGCCUGCUCCUAGACCGCAAGGCGAACGUGGAGCACCGCGCCAAGACGGGGCUCACGCCGCUCAUGGAGGCGGCCAGCGGCGGCUACGUCGAGGUGGGCCGCGUGCUGCUGGACAAGGGCGCCGACGUCAACGCGCCGCCCGUGCCCUCCUCGCGCGACACCGCGCUCACCAUCGCCGCGGAUAAGGGACACACCAAGUUCGUCGAGCUGCUGCUGCAGAGGCGAGCGGCGGUAGAGGUGAAAAACAAAAAAGGCAACUCCCCCCUGUGGCUGGCGGCCAACGGCGGCCACCUCACAGUCGUCGAAAUGCUCUACGCAGCCGGCGCGGACAUCGACUCGCAGGACAAUAGAAAGGUUUCAUGCCUAAUGGCCGCAUUUAGAAAGGGCCAUACUAAAGUAGUUAAAUGGAUGGUAGGCGUAGUUACGCAAUUCCCCUCUGACCAGGAAAUGACAAGGUACAUCUGUACAAUAUCGGACAAGGAACUCCUCGAGAAAUGCCAGGAGUGCGUGCGCGUGAUCCGCGCGGCCAAAGAGACGCAAGCGGCGCGCGCCAACCAGAACGCGACCAUAUUACUCGAGGAGUUGGACGCCGAGCGCUGCCGCGAGGAGACGCGCCGCCAGGCCGCCGCGCGCCGCCGCGAGCGCAAGAAGAAGAAGAAGAUGGAGAAGAAGGUCGGUACUACGCAGCCAGAGGAACGUCGCAAACUGCAGGCGGAGAACGACAAGAAUUCGAUGUACAGCGAGAAGGCGCUGGGCGAGUGCUCCGAGGGCGGCGAGCCCGACGACGAGCCCGCCGCCAAGGAGGAGGGCGACUCCGGCAUCGACGCCAACUCGCAGGGCUCAUGCUCUUCCUCGGAUGUGAAAGCUCCCCCCGCGCAAAACACCAAGUGCAAAAAGAAGAAGAAAGAGGAGAAAACGCCCCCACCACCUGCAGCCAGCAACAAGAAACAACCUGACAAACCGACAAAACCCAAACUAGAGACAAAGCCAGAGAAGGAGAGCACCCCAAAGGCGGAUAAGAAAGAGAAGGAGAAUGUCGCGCCUGCAUCCCCUCCCCCCACACCCGCGCGGGCCCCCGCUGCCCCGCCACGACAAGAAAAGAGAGACAAAAAACCUGAAGAGGAUAGCCCUAAGAGCAUUACAGUACAAAAUGUAAAUAAAUACGGGAAUAACUCUAGAAAGAGUCAAGUGUUCGAAUCCACUAGGCACAAUGUGGACAAGGACGAGUUUGACACGACAGAAAAAGUUAAAAAGUCACACAAGUAUCAAUUGGAGGCAGAGGGCAAGAGCACGUCGCCCAAGGGCGGCUGCGUGGGCGGGCGGCGCGAGGACGGCUGGAAGGAGGUCGUGCGCAAGUCCAGCGUGCAGACGCUGUCCACCGUCGAGCCGGGCUGCAAGAAAGUGUCCGUGGCGUCGCACGCCAUCUCGCGGGUGAUCGGGCGCGCGGGCAGCAACAUCAACGCCAUCCGCGCCGCCACCGGCGCGCACAUCGAGGUCGACAAGCAGAGCAAGGGCCAGGGCGAGCGCAUCAUCACCAUCAAGGGCUCAGCGGAGGCCACGAAGCAAGCGGGCUCGCUGAUCGCGGCCAUGAUCCGCGACCCCGAGGCGGACAUCGCGGCGCUGCUGCCGCCCAAGCCCGCCAAGCAGCCGCCGCCGCAGCCGCAGCCGCCGCAGCCCAAGCCGCCCAAGCAGCCGCCGCCCAAGCAGGGCAGCAGCGUGAGCGCGAGCGCCAGCAGCCGCAGCACGCCGACGGCGCGCGCGCCCGCCGCCACCAAGCAGCACGCCACCACCGCGCGCCCGCCGCAGCUGCGUCUGCACGUGGCAGUAGGCGAGAAGCGCGCGUCUUCCUCAGGCGCGAGCGGCAACGUACCAGCGCCAGCCGCUAAGCCCACGCUAUCCUACACCGGAGCCAUCGUUGGCGCGCGCUCCCACACCUUCGCUGCUAAACUCACGGCCACUGCGCCAGCCGCGUCCGCGCCCGUAGCACCGCCUACACCCGCGCCCGCGCCGCAGCCCGCUGAGAAACGACCCACGCUGCAGCUAAGCCCUGAUAAUUCAAGCUCAUGGAGCGACAAUCAAGAGAAUACAUCGAAUCCCUCUACAGCGCUGCACAUCAACACCACGCCACAGGCAUCGGGCAGCGGCGGCGGCGGCGCGCAGGAGUACUCGCUGUUCAAGGACCUGUCGGCGGCCGGGGGCGGCAUGUGGGCCGCCGACCACAGCGUCGAGCCGCCGCCGCAGCGAUCGCCUAUGGUGGACGCGAGCAAGGCGCCGGGCUACCGCGGCGGCGGCGGCGGCUGCUCGCCGUGCUCGCGCGCGUCGUCGCACGGCUCCACGCCGCCGCCGGCCUACCAGCCGCCGCACUCGCACGCCAUACACCCGCAGCCCGCCUACCACCAGCCCUUGCCCAUUGGCAACAGCGUGAAUGCAAUGGAUAUGAGUGGGUUAUCAAGAAAUGGAACUAUUUACCAAGACAACUCCCGGAAUGGACACAACAUGAUGGUAUCGAUGUCGAGCGGCGUGAACAUGAGCAGCUCGGCGAUGGGGCUGGGCUACGUGGGCGUGGGCUCGGUGGGCUCGGGCGUGGGCGUGGAGUCCGCGUCGCGCCUCAACCCGCGCGCGCCCGACUUCGCGCAGAGACACCCGCUCAUGCAGCACAAGCACAACCAACAGUUGUUCACGAGCGCGAACAACGCGGCCAACCUGAGCACGCUGCUGAUGUCGUACCAGCAGCCCGCGCCCAAGCCCAUGCCGCACACGCCGCAGCCGCACCACCCUUACCAGUCGCUACUGGAGCGCGGGGUGGGCGUUGGCGUGGGCCCGAUAUUGUAUUGAUGGGGGCCCGGUGGCGGCGCGGGCUGGGGCGAGGAGGAGGAGCGCAAGCCGCGGCCCAUCGGCACCGAGCGCGCCUGGAAGCUGACGGCCGGCGACGACUGGCCGCACCCGCACCACCCGCACCAUCCGCACCACCCGCACACGGACCACGACCGGUACCAGCAGGGCGUGAGCGGCAUGGGUUCUGUGGGCGUGAACGUGGGCGCGCACGCGGGCGGCGCCGGGCUGGAGUACGGCGCGGGCGCGGGCUCGGGCGCCACGGCCGCGGCGCUGUCGCUCAUGCAGGCGCUGCCGCUGCACUACCUGCCGCCCGCGCCGCCGCACGCGCCCGACCACCACCACUGGGACCAGCACCACCACCCCGAUAAACAGCAGGGCGUGAGCGGCAUGGGCUCUGUGGGCGUGAACGUGGGCGCGCACGCGGGCGCCGGGCUGGAGUACGGCGCGGGCGCGGGCUCGGGCGCCACGGCGGCGGCGCUGUCGCUCAUGCAGGCGCUGCCGCUGCACUACCUGCCGCCCGCGCCGCCGCACGCGCCCGACCACCACCACUGGGACCAGCACCACCACCCCGAUAAACAGACUUGGAGCAAGUGGAGCCACUAGACGGCUCCCGACCUGCCUUACGGAGGCGCGAGACUCGGCAUCGGUCGCGACGUUGGCUUCUCUCGUCGCCGCGCCUAACUAUCCGACGAGGAUUAUAUAUUAAUUGUAACCCUUGGAAACGGUGUAGAUAUUAGUGAGAAAGAAUUAUAUUAUACAGAUUAUCUAUAUACAUAAUAGAGAAAAUGUCCUAUCGAGAAACUACUUAUAACUGUACGAUCGACUGAAGUGAGCAUUAAACGAUUCAUUAUAAUGAAACUCGUGAGGGGAGCCGGAUGUAGUUUUAUUUGUUACUGCCGCUCGCCGCGCGACGUACUCUUAGACAAAUUAUAGUUUGUUAGUCGGCGUCGCCGUUCGUCUGAUGUAGAUAUUGCGUACUAACUUGUAACGUAGGUAGCUUGGAAUGUGAUUCCGAAGUGCCGGUCAGUGUUUUGCGUUGCCUCGAGCCGCCGCCCUUAUAUAUACAUAUUUUACACUAUAUUAUGGCAUAAUACGAUCUAUAAUUUCGACGAUUGAUAUUCUCGCAGAAAGAGGCGAAUUAUUAAACGUGUAUUAAUAAAUUUGCUUGUACAUGAAGAUUAAAUAUCAUAUAUUGAUGCACUGUAUUCACUGGUGUUUUUAAUAAUACCACCUGUUUUUCAAUAAUUCUUUU